GCACCGCUCGUUAUACGAACAUGCCGGCGCUGCAAUCUCAGAAAAUUCUCAAGCUACUCAUGGCUUUUAUUCUCUAUGCUCAGUAUACUGCUGCAGUCACAUCUUUAUUUAUCCCAGGCUUGGACCCUCAGGCCAUCACAGCCGACGAACUCGGAGUCGGCUCUGACGGGCUUACCACCUGGCUUAUUGCCCCAGGUCAACCUAGUGGCACUCUGACUACGACUGAAUUACCCGGGCCAGCUACGCUAGUUCUCGGGGCUUCCACGGCAGUGCUCUCGUACGCCAACCCCACCUACAGCUUCACGGCCGUGGCGGCCUGCGGCAUCAGCAGCGGCAUCGCCGUCUGCGAUGAAUUUGGCGCGAUUGGGGGUCAAAUCGGCGUCACCUCGUCGACUGUCGUGACCGAGAGGGUGCAGUCAUUUGCAGUCCAAACCGGCGGGCCGAGCAUAUCCACUGCUAGUGCCACGGUCACGUCUGGCUCUUCCCAGACGUCCGCUUCGGCCACUGCGACUAAAUCAGCCAAUGGGGCUACUGGUGUGCGAUCUGUCUCCGUGGCUGCUGUGCUCGCUAUCGUUGCUGUAGUGCACAUAAUGAUGGUGUGAUCCAGCAUUGACAGUACUAGUCCGCUAUUCUGCGUCGUCUUGUUUCCUGCUUGGGCAUCAUGGCUAUUGACAUUCUUGAUUCAGUAAUGUUGUUCCCAUGGAAAUCUGUGUGCUAUGGUCGCGUAAGGCUGUACUUUCUUCGUAUUGUCUCCUAAAUUGC